AUGGGCAUCAGUGGAGACCUCAUCGACGGUAUCCCGGUGCAGAACAAGUGGAUCAAUAUCGUCCGUGACAACUUGGACGAUUUCGGGAAGCAAGAUCCUGAGCAAGGACAGCGCCAAGCUGGAGACUUGAUGCAGAACAUGAUCAUGGGCCGCAUGGAGAGGAUCACAGGUGCACCUAUGCCGGUGUUUCUCGAAGGCUACGGAGAGAGCGAAGGCAUUUACAAGAUCGUGAUUGGGCCACGGUCAGUGGUCGUCGUCUCCGAUCCAGUGGUUGUCAAGCGCAUCCUCACGAGCUCGCCGGAGCUUUACACCAAGGGUAUCCUGACGGAAGUGCUCGAGCCCAUCAUGGGCCAAGGGCUGAUUCCGGCUGAUCCUGAAACCUGGAGGAAGCGCCGCCGGGCAAUCGUGCCUGGCUUUCACAAGAAGUGGCUGACGGAGGCCACUCGACAAAUGGUGGAAUGCGCUGUGAAUCUCGCUGAUGACCUGGAGCGUUCCAUUUCAAUAUCUUCUUCGCACGUGGCCGAGGUCAACAUGGAGGAAAAGUUCACUUCUGCUUCGCUCGACAUCAUUGGCAAGGCCAUAUUCAACUACGACUUUGGCUCCACAACGCACGAGUCGCCGCUGAUCCGCGCAGUCUACAACCUUCUCCGGGAGGCGGAGCGCCGCGCCCAGUCGGUUAUCCCGUACUGGAACCUGCCAGGGGCGGACGCGAUGUUCCGAGACCAAAAGGAUCACAGCGAGAACUUGGCGUUGGUCAAUGCUGUCCUGGAUGAGCUCAUCCGAAACGCCUUGGAGGACCCUCCCGAAGAGGGGGACAAGCUGUCCUUCCUCCAGUUUCUGGUCAUCACCAAGGGUGAGGAUGUGACCACCAGGCCGGACAGUAGAACCGGUAGCGGUAGCAGGCGCAGUUGA